UUUAAUUUUCUAUUUUUAUCAGCAUUUGUUUUCAUUUUCUCAGUAAGUUGUUUCUUUUUUUUUUUUUUUUUUUAGUAUUUUUCUCUAAAUUUUCAGAGAAACUUGAAUUGGGGUUUGGUAUGCACGAAAAAUAUUUCAAAUUUUGAGCAAGUUUGAGGAAAGUUUGGUGAUCUGGAAUGUUUCUCACUAAUAGAGGUUCAAGGGUUUGUGUUGAUUCAGGUCUUUAUUCAUACUAUGAAUAAUAACGGUUAGCAGUUGUUGAAGUUAGAAAUCAGAGUAUUCUUGGUUGGAAGAAUGCUGGGAUUGAUUCCUUUUUAUGUUGGAUUCAAUGUAAUUGAAUACAUUGGUGAGUUGGAACUGGUGGUUAUGGUUCUGAGUAGUAAUACCUUGUUGGGGUUUCAUUGUUUUGCUCGGUGACUUGUGUUUCAAAAUAGGAAAGUAUUCUACUUUCAGACAUUUUUCAUUGUUUUGUUUUGGUUGAACCCAAGUUUUGCUUAAAAUGGAUGACACUGAGGAUGAUGCAAGGUAUCCGCCAAAUGCCUAUGGUGCCAAUCAGCAGCAGGGUUAUGCUUCAUCACAUCGCCAAAAGCUCCCUAUUCGGGGUGUGCCUUAUUCUGAGGAAGUUGGCAAUCAAUAUGUUGAUGAUGACGAUGAGGAUGAGGAUGUUGUGGAUGAUGAAGAAGAUGAAACUGAAUUCGGAGAGGAAGAAGGAAACAAUAAUCAAAACAAUGGCAUUGUUCAGUAUGCAGGAAAAGAUGUGGAUGAAGAUGAAAAUGAUGAGGAGGACGUUGAUGAUCAUGAUAAUGAUGAUGAGUAUAAUGCAGAUGAAGAUGGUAGUAAGCAAAAAAUUUUGGCUUGGAAGCCAGAUGAUGAUGAUAUAGAAAGGCACCCAAAAAAGAGAAAGUUGAAGAGUUUGAUUUCAAGUUAUGAAUUUGCUCCUCGAGUGCCAGCUCCGGUUGUGGCUCCAUCUGCAUUGAGGCCAUCAACUGGAGGACGGAAUUCACUUACGGAUUGGAAUGAGCAAGAGACAUUUGUUUUAUUAGAUGCUUGGGGUGACCGGUUUCUGCAGCGUGGGAGGAAGAGUCUUCGAUCUGAAGAAUGGCAAGAAGUUGCAGAUAAGGUAUCAGAGGUGUCGAAGAUUGAAAGGACAGACACUCAAUGUAGGAAUCGAUUGGAUACUUUGAAGAAAAAAUAUAAGAAGGAGAAGCAUAGGAUGGCAGAGACAGGUGACACCAGUAGCAAAUGGGUUUAUUUCAAGAAAAUGGAUAUGUUAAUGUCUUCGCUUCAGCAGCAAGGUGGACUCUCUUGUGGUUUGGACUCAGGAGAGUAUGUCUUUAUGAACCCCAAGGUUUAUUUGAACCGUGCCAAUGGCUUGGAUGAGAUGAGAGAUAGUCCUGCUAAUUCGGAAUCCACUAAUGGCGAGGAGGAUGAUUCAGAUGGACUUCCUCCCAAGAAAAGGAGAACUGGAAGGGAAUCUAAUGACAGGUGUUCAAUUAGAUUGCUUGCAGAUUCUAUUCAUAAAUUUAGUGAGAUAUACGAGAAGAUUGAAUAUAGUAAGAGGCAACAAAUGCUGGAACUAGAAAAGAUGAGGAUGGAUUUCCAUAGGGACUUGGAAAUGCAGAAGAGGCAGAUCAUGGAGAGAGCACAAGCUGAGAUUGCAAAAAUACGUCGAGGUAUUGAUGUUGAGAAUGAUGUCAAUGGGUAAUGAAUCUAGAACUGCUUACCUUUCUGUGGUGUUAAUUGGCAUAUUAAAUGAUAGCUGCUGUUGUAAAUUGUUGGGGGCCUUUAACCCACUUCUGCUUUAAAUUGUGAGACAAUAAUAAUGCUGGAAUGUUGUAUCAGUUACACUUGAAGAAAUAUCAUGAACUAUAUCAUUGGUGUCA